AUGGCUGCUCUCGAAGAGUCCCGACGAAACUCCGCAGACAACGAUGCGCAAGAACGAGUUGUCCAGCAUCUCAAACAGUCCGAACGGUUUCGGGACGAGGCAAAGCACCUGCGAUCGCAGACUAGCCGUCCCCAUCGACUUCACCAUGCUGAGAGUGCCGCCGCCGAUGCGACGCACGAGGUGCAGAGAGCGAAGGACGAGGUUGAUCGUGCGCGAGCGGACCACCACCGAAACGAAUCCGCCGAGUCCGCACAUCAUCUGUGGGAGGCCGAGCGGCGCCACCGCCUCGCGCAGGUGGCCUCGGACCACGCUCAUCGCCGCCUCAAGCGACAGCAGCACAAGAUGGCGGUCGAAGACGCUCGACGAAAGCUUGAGUCGGCAGAGGUGGGUACAGCUGAGCAUGAGAAGGCUUCUCGAGACCAUGCUACGGCACAACGCCAGCUACACGAGCAUCGGCAGCGGGAGCUUCGCGAGGACGAGGAGAAGUUGGCGACUCUGCGAGAGGAGGCGCGCGAGCAUCCGUCGAAUCGCGCUCUACAGCUUCAUCUCGACCAAGAGCAGGCGCGGCAUGAUCAUCGAGUCCGCAAGCAUCGCACUCACGACCCGUCACACGCGCAUGAUCUCGACGAGCCAGGCCCGCCCGUCGCUGCCGAGCUCCCAGCCUCGCCAGUUGUCCACCAUCGUCGAGCGGAACGACACGAGCAGCAUCAAACGGCUUCGACGUCGCAUGACCAGCGCCGUCCCCAUGUUGAGCCGCAUCCUUCUCAGGCGACCGCAGAACCACCUACACAGACUGCUCAGAAGCACGAUCACGUCGAGCCACACGCUCACCACCGCUCUCUCGACAACUCAGCCAAGUCCUCCUCGCAUGACGACGAGCACCAGGCUGCUGUGCACGCCCGACAACACGCAAGCCGGCGCGAGAUGGAAGCCGCUGCGAACCUUCACGCAGUCAAGACCGCCCAUACUCGAGACCCGACGCACGAGUCGUCUAAGCGCUUGACCGCAGCGAGGAUGCGCCUCGCCGUCGCCUCUCACAAGCAUCGCGCAAAGACUCUUCAUGAGCGAGAGCACAAUAAGGGCACGAGCUUGGACGCUCGACUCGGCACGGGUCGCUCUUCGCACACCGCCACAGAGAAGCAUGUCGAGGAGGUCCGCCAGCGGCACCACGCAGCGCAGGAGCGGCAUCGACAAGCUCCUCACGACGCUGCCGCAGCAGCUGAGGUCGAGAAGCACGCCCACCACCUCAAGCUGGCGGAGGAAGCGCAUGCACGCUCGGCGAGUCGGAAAGAACACCUCGAGCGGAGACGGAGUCACAAGCAUUGGGCCGCCGAAGUUUCGAAAGCCGAACCCGGCAGCGAUGCACAUGAGCACGCCGUCGUUCGUCACCACCGAGCUGCGACACGGCUCCUCCAGUCGCGCGAGGCAAAGAUCAAACACCUCUCCGAUCAACUGGACCACUCGAAGCAUCUCGGCGGCGACGACCCUUCCAGCCGACACCACGAGCAUCACAAGUCGCUUAGCCAGCGCCUCGAGAAGCAGCGCGCCAAGCUCGCUCGCGAAAAGGAGGAGCACGAAGCCCUCUCUCGCCACCGCUCCGAUAUCCUCAAGAAGCGCGAGAUGUCGCACGUGAACGACGGUCAUCGUCGACACGAGCACGAGCGCGCACAUCGCGAGGACGAGGCGGUCAAGCAUAUCCACGACGAGCACGAGCGGGAGGCGGCGCGUGAUCAGCAUCGCAAGGCCGAAGCGGAGCGCGCCGAGCAUCUCAAGCAGCGUCGGAAGGACCGUCGCGAGGAGAAGGCGCGCGAGAAGGCUGCUCGAGCGGAGAAGGCGCAUGAGAAGGCUUCGGAGCGGGUGAAGCACGAGCACGAUGCCGAGGAGCGGCGCGCGAAGAAGGCGGAGGAGAAGAAGGAGCGCCGAGCGCACAAGCAUGCCGACUGGGAACGGCGGCAGACGCUGCAGGGCGAGGAGCGAAAGAAGGCGGACGCGGCGCAUGCAGCGGAGCGGGAGCGGAGGCGGAAGGAGAAGCUCGAAGCGGACGCGAAGCACAAGGAGGCCAAGGCUGCGGAGCGCGCAAAGAAGGCGAAGGCGAAGGAGCGGGCGAGGGAGGCGAAGCGCGCCGAGCACCUGCGGCACGCGCGGGAGAAGGAUGAGGCGAAGCGGAAAGCAGCGGCGAAGCGGCAUCGCGAGCAGCAGGCCAAGUUCGAGCGCAAGAAGGCAAAGGCGAGGUCGCGCAAGGCGAGGAAGGAGGCGCGCCGGCGGAUCAAGAUCCCCAAAGUAAAGAAGCGAGCGGUGCGCAUGCCGAAAAGGAGGAAGAGGUAG